AUGAUAAGAUGUGACCAUGGCCGCUGGUCAGCCAUCCUGCUCACCCUUCUGGCAACAAUAGCGACACUUGUGGAAGCAAAUCCGGUUGAAGCCGGGUCAGGCAAUACAGGCAGACAGCCUCUGCGGAUCCUCGCUGUAGGCGAUUCACUGACACAACGAGCCCAUGGUGAUCACACAUGGCGAUAUCGUCUCUGGCAAUGGUUCCAAGAAAUUGACUACCCUGUCGAGUUCGUUGGCCCGUACACUGGCACUUACAUGUCGAACUACCCAAUUCCUCCCAUAUCUUCGAAACACCGCAGAGACCAAUCUCAAUGGGACGAAGGAGGCAACUGGGAUGGCGGGUACGCGCUCGACGUCGAUCCUGCAUUCCUGAACAACAGCAAUCACUUCUCCGCCUCAGGCCGGCCUGUGCUUGCCGCCAAAGACUGGAUUCAAGAAGUGUUGGAGCUUUACCCUGCUGACAUGAUGCUGGUCCUCCUCGGCGUCAACGACCUGGCGUUCUGCUGCUCUCCGGAAGACACGCUGGACAACAUGGCCACUCUGAUCAAAAAUGCUCGCAAAGCUGCGCCUAACAUCGAGAUCGCUUUGGGCAAUGCGGUUUAUCAGAGCUUUGCGCCGGAUGGAACUGAUAACAUUAUCACGUAUAACGACAUGCUGCCAAAGGCUAUCCCAGGAUGGAGUACACCAGAAUCGCCAGUGUAUCCCGUACAUGUGGCCGAGAACUACGCUUGCGGUAACUGCGACUGCCCGGGAGGCAUUGAUGGACUGCAUCCAAACUCAUGGGGCGACUACCACAUUGCUUACGCAUUCUCCGAAACGCUGGUGAAGAGCUUCGGCAUUGGAGUCUGUCCCCUCGUACCGCCGCCCAAGGACGAUCCAAGCCUGAAACGGUACCUUCCCAUACCCAGCAAUCUGCGAGUGGAGCAGAACCCAGAAGGCGGCGUCACGGCCACAUGGGAUCCAGUAUGGGGCGCAUAUCUCUACAAAGCGGAAAUCUCAAUCAAUGGAGGUCCCUUCGAAACGGAGGGAAGGCUGAUCAACCAAUGGGCGACAUGGCCCUUCUACCAACCCGGCGCCACCUACUCCUUCCGUGUCGCCGCAUACGGACAGAACCAGACUGGCAAUUGGACGGAAACACUUAGCGCGACUGCGAAACAGGAUGACGGUGCACUCUUCAUGAACGGCAUGCCACCGGAAAUGCCGGAUGCAAGCCUGACCGAUCCAGUCAGUCAGCCUGUUGAUCUGGACAUUGAUCAUAAGUUAAGCAAAAGGGUCCCGAUCAACUUCUGCGUGGGUGGUACUGCGCCUACCCCGAAGCCGUGCAAGCCGGUGGCUAGGAUCAUACCGACGACGCGGACGGGUAGAGUGGGUAGAUCGACUACCAAUCUGGGGUAUCUUGUGAUGGCUGGCUUUGUUGCAGCGACCCUCUGGAUCGGGCGAAGGAUGUUUCUGAGUCGGCCGUCUCGGAGUUCCUGGAUCGGUGGAUGGAGCAAAGUCGCUGGAUGA